GAAAAGUGUGCAAAGAUAGAAGUGUGAAGAAUAAUAAGAAUAAUAAGAAGAAUAAAGACAAAGCCUUAGUUGGUGGGAUAUUAUUCGAUGACGCGAAUUCCGUGCCUUAUCGGCUUCACGGCUGACGCCGACGGCUUAUCGCCGGCGUUAUCUGCCUCACCGCUGCUCUCUCGGAACCCUUGCGUGUCCUCGAGCAGAGAACUUUAAGAGCUUUUCGUUGACGGCUUGAAGUUUGUUCAACGAAUAUCAUCAUUCGUACGAACGUUUCUGUCUGUCUGUCUCUGUCUGUCUCUCUCUCUCUCCCCCACCCAUCCCCUUUUCAUUUUCUCAUUCUCAUCACUCUCUUCACGUUUCUUUAUUUCCAAUAUUCAGUUAUUAUACUUUAUUUCGUUUCGACGUAUUUAUUAUUCGCGUGUGUGUACGUUUAAUUUUCUUACGUUCCUCCACUCGAGGUCAGCAAUUUUUGAUAAAAGAAAAAAAGAAUAAAAGAAAUAAAACGCGAACGAUGCAACUAGAACGACACGCUCGAACGAUCGGAUUCUGACGUCCAACAGGUGUGCGCUGAGGUGACACUGACAAGCGUGAUAUUCCUAACGAGUGUUGGUCUUCUUCGUUAACCGUAUUACUUUGGUCUCGUGUUUUUUUUUUCGCUGGAAGGCAUAACGAAAUCAAGGAGGAAGGGCCGAAAGGGCUCGGAUAUCGUUGUGAACAUUCUCGACAUAGAAUCUCGUCGAAAGGAGUGGAGAUGUCCGAGGGUUGCUGAGAGAAUGAGGGAGUUGGACACUGAAAGUCCUGUCGUCUGGCCGGCCUGGUGUUAUACUGGUGAAGCUUCUGGUGAGAACGCGUCCACGGGUACUGGAUCUCGUGGUGGCGAUCGUGGAGAAGCAGCAGAUUUAGGAACGCAUACAGAAGAGAACGAGGAGACCACCCUGGCCGCGAACACAGCGGUCGACGGCAGGGGCGGAAGCCCCCAGGACGCCCACCUUUCGGGUUCGGUAACUACCAGGCCUCCAAGAGGUAGAAGACGUCAAAAUCAGAAUGGUCUUGAUACCGCUCAAGUUAAAACUGAACGACUCACGCCUGACAAUAAUUCGACCUCGUCUAGAAGCGUAACGCCUUCUUCGUCGAGUCAUCCAGGUACGCCGCCAAAUGCAACUUCCCUCGGUGGACCCGAAGGGCCACCACAACCGCCGCAUCAUCUCAAGCAUAUGGAACAGAUGAUGGGACGUAACUGCAGUGAUUUUAUGAGAAGCUUAGCAGCCAAGUACAACAACGCCAAUCCUAACGAUUACUUCAGUUCUCUAAGGAACGGCUAUCCUCCUGGUUUGGAUCCCAGGUUUCCUGCGUUCAAAACAGCAGCCACACCGUUCGUCGGUCUAAUGGCCCCUCUUGGUGCCCCACAACCAACCACCGUUCAAACCACCUCACCAUUAUCAAACAAGGAUCCCAAGGAACAGAAACAGGAUAGUAUCUUCGGGAACCCGGUGUUUCCUCCUAUGCUCGAUAUGUCAUCGACGCAAGCACUUUUGCACAUGGUGCGAACGGCUAAUGCUGCUCAGAAUGCAGCUGAACUCGAAACUUAUCUUAAAGGUGCGAAUAAACGUGACGCGGGAGUGACGAGUCCUUUGGAUCUUUCAACGCCAGGAGGAUUUGCACCACGUAAAAGGCAAAAAACAGAGACGAGAAGAUCAGGGAGUAUAUCUCCGAAACCGAAAGCAAUACCACCACCUGGUCCGAGCACGCCGCCACCCAUCAGAUGUCCUUCUUUGUGCGGGCACAUGCCGUGCGGAGAUGGACAAGCGGUUAAUCGUUGGACCAUUGAAGACGUCGUCAAUUACGUCUCAUCGAUCGACACUUGUGCGGAGUACGCUCAGAAUUUCCGGGAGCAUCGUAUUGACGGUGCAGCGUUACCGUUAUUGUCGGAGGAACACUUAAGAGGAACGAUAGGUAUGAAACUGGGUCCAACCUUGAAGCUUCGAGCAAUGCUUGGACGGAAGCUUGGGGCGUGUACCGUUUGUCUUCAUUGCGCACAUUGCCAUAAGACACCUUUACCAAUGUUAAGUACGGCAGCUGCAGCUGCUGUCGUAGUUCAACAACAACAACAACAACAACAGCAACAAUCACCACAACAACAACAACAGUCUCAACAACAAUCUCAACAACAGCAACAGCAGCAACAACAGCAACAACAACAACAACAACAGCAACAACAAUUGCAACAGGCACAAGGUAGACGUCCGAGUAGUACGGGUAACUGACAAAUACUGGCGGGGGCUCCAUCAUUUGGCCUUGACGGAGCGCCUGCCAUUACGAUUGAUACUACAGACCCAAACAGAGCCUUGAGGAUAGAAAGGCGUAUUCCACGGCCUAUACGUAAACCCGAGGUUGUCUUCAAAAAACCGAUCAAACAGUGACACUUGGAGAAACUUUACAUACAAAUUUUCAAUGAACAAACGUUUUUCAUUAGAAUCAUCAUAAUCGUGAACGAUGACAUAUAUAUAUAUAGAUAUAUAUUUUUGGUAGUUAAAAUAUGAAGUGUCAAAGUUUAAGUGUGUCAUUCAAGUUGGUACACUAAAAGCUUGCAUUAACUUACUCAUUGUUUGCGUGAGUAUCAUCAUACUUGUUCGAAUUUACAAUGAAACAUUUUGAUCAUAAUCAUCAUCAUCAUCAUCAUCAUCAUCAUCAUCAAUAUCAUCUUCUUAUAAAAGAAGGAUAUAAUAAUUAUUUGAAUUGUCUGUGACAAGUGUUAAAAAUAUGGAUAUUGAAUAACGUAUCAUCGACUAUAGUAAAAAAUAAACGAGAGAACAGAGACUUUAGUCGAUGUUGAGAUAAAUUUGUAUUUAGUAUAAGAGUACCUAGAAUACUGCUCAGAGAUAUUUUCGAGCAUAAGCAUGGAACAAAUGUCACAUUUUUAUUAUGUUUUUUUUUCUUUUUUUUUUUUUUUUAAAUAACUAUUUAGAAAAUUUAAUAACAG